UAAAUCCGACCGGGUGUUCGCCCUUUCCUCGCGUGACGAGAGGAAUUAUUAUUGCAACGACAGACUGCUGUUGUCACUUUCUUGUCUAGCAGCAGGUGUUCCGCUUCACUCCACUGAGCCCUCCAGCAUGUCCCGCAUCUCGUCCAACCUGCGAUGCAACCCAGGCCCCAUCCUGCUGGGGCCCUACCCUUCCUACGAGCCCCCUGUGGGCUUCCCUUCCCAGGGACUCUCCUCCUCCUCCAGGUACCACACCUCCAGACACCUGGGCUGCCUCCCAGCGCUGGAGCCAGACAGGGGGAGGCCUCUCCUCUCUCUCCCCAGGAUUGAGGCUCCUCCGGCAGGCAGGCGCAACGAGAGCUCCAGCCGUGCCCUGGGGGCAAACAGAGGUGGUCUGGGCCCCUCCCCCUCUCGUCUGGGGCCCCCUGCGGCCUGCUCCCCCCUGUCCCACCGGCACCGCCAAGCCGGCCAGUCUGGUCUGACCCAGGACCUGACCUCCCUGGGGCUAUGGGACCAGCCAGCCCCCCUCGCCAGGAGACCCAGCCCAGCCAGAGGACGGCUGGAGGUGGGCAGUACGGACCGCUAUGGCCCCCUGCUCUGGAGCUAUGAGAACAAGACUCCACAGGGCUUGGUGGGACUUCGUAACCUGGGCAACACCUGUUUCAUGAACUCCAUCCUGCAGUGCCUGAGCAACACCCCUGAGCUGAGAGACUACUGUCUGAGGGGCUGCCACCGCUCCGACCUCAGCCCUGCCUGCCAGGCCAAGGCUGCCCUCAUGGAGGAGUUUGCCAAACUCACUCAGUCUCUCUGGUCUUCCGUCUCUACGGAGCCCAUCAGCCCGUCAGACUUCCGGACCCAGGUCCAGAGACACGCCCCCAAGUUUGUGGGAUACAAUCAGCAGGAUGCCCAGGAGUUCCUGAGGUUCCUAUUGGAUGGGCUCCAUAACGAGGUGAACAGAGUGAGGGUGAGGACGAGGGUUCCCAUGGAGGACAUCGAUCACCUCUCGGACAGUGAGAAGGGGAUGAGGAUGUGGAACAGAUACCUGGAGCGGGAGGACAGCAAGGUGGUGGAUCUGUUUGUGGGGCAGCUGAAGAGCUCUCUGACCUGUAGUCACUGUGGCUACUGUUCUACAGUGUUUGACCCCUUCUGGGAUCUCUCCCUGCCAGUCGCUAAGAAGAGCACCGGGGAGGUGAAUCUGAUGGACUGCAUGCGUCUCUUCACCAGAGAGGAUGUGUUGGAUGGAGAUGAGAAACCGACCUGCUGCCGGUGUAAAACCAGGAGGAAAUGCACCAAGAAGUUCACCAUCCAGAAGUUUCCUCAGAUCCUUGUGCUUCACCUCAAACGCUUCUCUGAGUCUUGCGUCAGAACCAGCAAACUCUCCACCUUCGUCAACUUCCCUAUCAAAGACCUGGACCUCAGAGAGUUCUCCUGGGACGGCAGUGCUAAUGCAGUGUACAACCUCUAUGCAGUCUCCAACCACUCAGGGUCCACUCUGGGGGGGCACUACACUGCCUACUGCAGAAACCCCGUCCUGGGGGAGUGGUACAACUACAACGACACAAGAGUGAGUCCCAUGUCGUCUAGUCAGGUGCCCAGCAGUGAUGCUUAUGUGCUGUUCUACGAACUCUCCUCCUCCUCACACAUAUGAGCAACAUAGGCUGCUGACCGGUCGUAAGGACUGGUCUUAUAGACUCAUCUUAUAGACUGGCCAUACAGACUGGUCUUAUAGACUUCACACAGCCUGCAGGCCAGCCAUACAGACUGAUGGCAUGGAUGUACAACAGAUCAAAUGGACUCGACACAAACGUGUGUGUGCACGCGCAUCAGAAAGACCUUGUUUUACAUGUCUCCUGGUUAAUGCACUUUGACGAGGGCAUGUCCACCGCACACUGGAGAAUGUGUUUUCAGUUGGUGUCUAAACAUACAGAAAUAUGUUGUAACAGAUUAUACUGAAAUUCCGUACUCUUAAUAGUAUCUGCGACCUCUGAGUAUGGCGCCAUCUAGUGGUGGAAGUGUGUAACUCCAUAGAGCUGUUUGUGGUGCUCUGUUUUCUCCUCCAUGCUAUUACGUAGAGGCAUGGAGAGACCGUCUGAACAAAUGACGAUGUCGUAGCUAAAUGGAGAGAAUGUCUUUUAACUAAAUGUUUUAUUUUUGUAUUUAUGGAGAAUGUGGCUGUACUGAAGUACUAAUGAUAUAAAAACGUCUCUGUUUUCGGAGAGAAUUAAUAUAAUGCAGAAAAGACUACUUGAAGUAACCGCUGAAGAACAAAUGACAGUACAUUGAAUGUUUUUGAAAAGUUACAUAACUUUAAAUUAAUAAACCAGAACAAUAAAACAAGGUUUUCUUGUUGUUUGAAUUGAUAUGU